AUGGCCUCACCACCUUACCGCUCUCCCGCAACAUCUCCGCCAUACCCCCCUCACACGUCUCUCCCAAACCCCAAGAAACGUCCGUCAGUGAAUGUACCACCCUAUGCACCUUCACUGAAACGCCAGAAGCGAAGCUCUAUACACUCGGCUGCAUCCUCAGCUCACCCGCUACGGCAAACUUCAUUUCCUCCUGAAGAGUCCGCCAUCCUUACUGGCGAGCGCAGUCCCAGCGUGGAUAGCGAGAUCACGAAUAUGACUGGAAAGGGAAGCCUUGCUAUGACUGGUGGAAGGAGAAGAAAGUCCAAGGGCAAGGGAAAGAAAGCAGCGGUUAGUGUGAAGAGUGGCGCGAAAGAGAAAACCGUGGAUGGAAGGGAGGCCACAGGUGAGGUGCCCGAUGAUGAUGACGAGGAUGACGAUGAAGGAGGAGAUGAUAUCAUCGAUGGUGUGGAGGAAGAGGAUAGAGAGGCCGAAAAAAAGAAGCUUGCGGUCCUUAUCGGCGCAUUCAACUACGAUCAAGAAAAACGCUAUGAGUGUUUACGCCGAAUCAGACUGAAGAAGGAGACGGUCCGAAAGAUUACCAACCAAACCGUCUCCCAAUCCGUCCCUCCAAACGUCAUAACAACGAUCAAUGGCUACACAAAGACCUUCAUUGGUACCCUCAUUGAACGUGCUCGUGAAAUUCAAGAGCAGUACGCGAGUCUGGAGACACCGCCUCUAACGCCACCGAAAGUGCCCAUCGACCCUACCGACUUCAGCAGCGAACAUCCAAACAACGAGAUUUUCCAGGCCGCGAGUCCAAUGGAUGCUCUUGGCCAGCUUUCAUAUGCGGCUGCAGUAAAUGAGCACCAAGAGACCCAGAAGCCGAAGCAGCGUGACCAUGGUCCGUUGCUACCAGACCAUUUCCGUGAAGCUCUGAGGAGACAUAAGCGGGAUGGAGAGGGCGGAGGUACGGGGCUGCAAGGCGUAAGUACAGGACUUGGACUGCCUGGGAGUGGUUCGGCAAGGCUGGCCGGCAGAAGGCUUUUCAGGUGA